AUGCCCAGUUUGCUGAACGAAGCUCUGGUAACGUCGAUUUUUGCAGACUUCAUAGACAAUUCCUCUCGAAUACAAGAAAGCUAUGCAAGGAGAUUGUGGUUCGAUCCGUUGCGGAACUCUGGAACACCACCAGGGACGUCGCACCAAGCAGAACCGCUCGCUGUGGGAUACGGUAACAUACAUAACAUACGGAUAAACUUCCUUUAUGACGAACCCGCAAUUGAAAUGGCAUAUGCGUAUGUAUCAGAUAAAAGUCCGAUUGUGACACACUUGAUGCACUUGAAAGUCUACGAAGAAGUCAAAAUGGAUCCUAGCAAACUGUACCUCCACGUCGUCAAAGAAGGAAAGUGCCGCGCUCGAUUAGUGACGGACGAGAGUGGUAUGGACCUCUUCGGUCCACCAUCCGAUAACCAGUGUCUCAUCGUGUCAGCUUGUAAUGCCAAAAGUCCGGAGGCGUCGUCUCGGGUAGACGCUCUGGUGGAGCCUGUCGGAGUGAACGCUCCGAAGUGGCGUCAGUGUCGACCUGGCCGUGAGCCGCGUGUGGGAGUGGGGCGGAAAGGGGUACGUGGAGUACCGGAGGUGGUCGGACGAGCACGAGCUGCCAACGGCGGUGGGCGAGACCCCGUCGAAGAAGUACCAGGUCUUCCUCGAGAAGGACCACGAGGCGAGCGUGAUCCACGGGAGCCACGAGGAGGGUACGGUGUGGACACGGGGGUCCUAGCUUCGAAUCCAGGAGUGCCUCCGGUGCGAUACACGAAGCAAGGUCGCGGUGCAGAAGCAAAGAAGCCUGAGCGAAAACGAAGUGUGGCCUUUACGUCCAAACGCAGCUGCGCAAAGGUAUCAGAUACGAGCUGGUCCGUGACGUCACGAUGUCGGCCGGAAGAAGAAAUGGAGUCGGGAGAGGCGAGCAAAGAAGACCCCCCCCUCACGUGCAGUAUCAUCGACCGAGCGCAUGUCAGCGUCACUGCCUAUGAGGAGUCGUUUGUUCGCGUAGUCAAUGUUCCAACUAAUUAA